AUGGAUUCCAUUAGAACUUCACAAAUUAAAACAGCCAUUCAGGAUGUAUCAGAGUCAGUGUUUGUGGGACUUUGUUGUAAACUGGGGACCUCACAACUGGUGGCCAUGAGGAGAGAUGUGGUGGACAUCAGUGAGAUAAUGGAAAACCAAAUGAUCAGUGGAAAGUGCAGUAUGAUGUUGAGUGGAAGUCGCAGAGAAGGAUUUAGACUGAAAGAAUCAGAUAUGGACAUUAUGAUAUGGUCAAAUAAUCACCGUGUGAUCUGGGAAUUAUCACAGUCUCAGUACUACAACACAAACAGACAGACACUGAUCCUCUGUGACUGUUCUGAUAGUCCACCAGGAUUCACUUUGUUAUAUUUGUUGUCACCAAGCAUGGACAGAGGAAUCCAGAUAGCGUGUGUUAGAAUGAAUAACAGAUAUUAUGUAUCUAGUUCUAAAUACAGACAAAUUAUGUGUUCUGCAUUUCCACUUAAUGCAUCCCAACAUGGACCCUGUGCCAGUGGAAUGUUUGGAACAACAGAGUAUGAUUAUGCCAACUGUUUUGUCAGUGACUUUUGGCCUCCAUCUGCCUCCCCAUGGAUAAACAGAUGUCACUAAUGGCCCCAUCGUCAUGUUGUUGAUGAAGUAGUGAAAAAUGGAUGUCACUUUGUAGCAAUUGGACAUAAGCUAGGACAUCAUGAAGACCACGAAUGGAGAAUUUCUUUCUCUCUGGCAGAACAAAAACUUGUGUAUGCAAUGAAUCAUUGUCAAUUCUUAACCUAUGGCUUACUUAAAUUGUUCUUAACAGAAAUAAUUAACAAUGGAGUAGGUAAUGAUGAUAAAUUGCUGUCUUCCUAUCACAUGAAGACAGCAGUUUUCUGGGUGAUUCAACAAAAUGCAAUACCUCACUGGUCUCCACAAAAUCUCCUGGAGUGUUUCUGGGUCUGUUUUAAACUCAUCCUCAAAUGGGUGUAUGAGGGGGUCUGUCCUAACUUUUUCAUUCCAGACAACAACAUGUUUCUGAGCAAAAUUCAUGGCGGAAAACAACAUCAACUAUUUAUUAGACUGUAUAGAUUGUAUGAGAAGGGUUUAGCAUUCCUGCUACAAAGUCCCUCCAUUAAGUCAGAUAUAGAAGAAGUCCUUCAAAACCCGAAAAUCAUCAUCUGUACAGAUGAACCAAGUCUUAUUUCUGAAGCUGAAUUUGAUGUAUACUUAUUUAAAGAAAUACAUGACAGGGAAACAAUCCAAACAUUAAAUCCACAAAAAUGCAUCGCCUGUCUACAUUCAUUAGAAGUUUUAGAACAGAUGAUAGAGUCACCCUUCCCCUCACAGUACAGCAUUCUUAUGCUACAGAAACUUACAGCUUCUGUCUUUCAGAGCCUUGCUUUCAAAUUACACAUCGAAACCUGUACACAGAAAAACAAAUUGAGGUAUAAUGCUGACAAAAUCUCCGUUUCCAUACUAAAACUAGCUUCCAAGUUUGGUUUUAUUAGUGAUAUGAUGUACCUAGCCAUGUAUUAUUACAUGACACUUAGAUACAUAAAAGCUUUAUCUAUUAUUCAGAAGAUCAAGGACAAGUUGACACAGCCUUAUGUGAUGUGUAGGAAUCUAGAUGUAGAGAUGUAUAUUGAGGCUGUAGGGGGACAGUCUUGGUCUACAAAGAUCAGACAGGCUGUAGCAUGGAAUAUCAACCUUUUUAAUAAAAUCAAUUACAUCAGCGAGUUGAUACCAGAACAAUGGUCUAGUCUACAGAUGAAAUUGCAGUUUUUAGCUAUCCCACCCUUUGUACUGUUAUACAUGCUAGAGAUCUUGUGCUACAGACAUAUAGACACAAUGCGAGUUCAAACAGUUCUAGAUGAUCUACAGACCCUAGUUCACUAUGAUCAGGAUCACCUUAUACCUUUACAGUUCAGAGACAUAUCAUGGCAGAUUCUGGGGAUCUGUCAACAGGUGACAGGGAACCUCCAGGCUGCUCUAUACUCAUACCGACAAUCUCAUAGACAAGAACACUACAAUUCUGUGGAUCUGUCAACAGGAAAUCUCCAGUCUGCUUUAUACUCAUUCCAACAACCUCUCAGACAAGAACCACACCACAAAAUACAAAUAGCUACACAAAUGAGAAUACAAAUAGCUACAAUGAGAAAUUUGUCAAUGGAAUCUCUAAAUGUGGAAUAA